UUUCCAAGGAGGAAAAAAUCUCACUCACCCUCUGCCUGGAUUUAGAUUUCUCAGUGUUUCUGUCUCAAAGUUUAAAGAAGCACAACUCAUACAGCAGUGCUGAGGAGAAGAAGGAGAAAGAAAAGAGCAAGAAGAAAAUAUUUUUACACAACAAGGAUCUGUCUCCUCCUGAAGGUUUCUGUCUCAGGAGGGACGCGAUGGCCCGGAACGUUCCAACUGUUCAAUGUUGCCUCGUUUCAUUUCUAUUGAUCUCCACUGUGUAUCCUCUGAGAGCUGAAUACUCCAGCUGUGGAGAAAAUGAGUUUUAUAACCACAGCAGCAGCAGCUGCCGCCCGUGUCCACAGUGUCAACCAGGACAGGAGCCGUAUAUGAACUGCGGUUACGGUGUGAAGGAUGAAGACUAUGACUGUGUGCCGUGUCCUGCGGGAAAAUUCUCUAAGGGAAAGUAUGAAAUUUGUCGCCGUCAUAAGGAGUGUAAUGCUCUGUACAGAGCAACGGUGCUCACGCUGGGGACCAGGGAGACUGACGCCGAGUGUGGACCCUGUCUACCCGGGUACUACAUACUGGAAAAUCGUCCGAGGAACAUCUAUGGGAUGGUGUGUCACUCCUGCCAGAACGCUCCACGCAACACCAGAGAGUGUAUGAGGAGCACACCAACAAACCCUGGCUCUGGAACAUCAUCCACCAGCACGACCACGUUCCCUCACGCUGAGAGAGAUCUAUCAGGACAGGGUCACCUAGCAACAGCCCUCAUCAUCGCCAUGUCAACUAUCUUCAUCAUGGCCAUCGCCAUAGUGAUGAUCAUCAUGUUUUACAUCCUGAAAGCUAAACCGAGCAGCCAAGCAUGCUGUACAGGUCAGAUGGUGAAAAAUGUCGAAGCUCCAACUAACAAACAGGAGGAAAAAAAAGAAACUCAAGAGAAUGCUGUGAUAUUCACAGAGAAGGACGAGUUUAAACCUCCUCCAACCAAAGCAGUGAAAAGUGAAAACGACGCGUCAUCUGAGAACGAGCAGCUGCUGAGCCGUAGCAUCGACAGUGAUGAGGAAGCAGCAGGAAAACAGGGAGCUACUGAUUUGUGUCUUCUAUCACUUGUUCAUCUCACUCGAGACAAGACCUGCUCCAACACCACCGUCAACACCAACAACACCGUCAACAACAACAACAACUGCAGCAGGACUGUGGGGAUUCACAGUCGGAGGAAGAAGAUCCUGGAGUUGUACGCUAAAGCGUGUAGCGUUGCUGAAGGUCUGAGUCCAGUGGAGUUGCCUUUCGACUGCCUAGAGAGAACGAGCCGCAUGCUGAGCGCCACCUACAGUGCGGAGAAGGCGUUAGUCAGGACGUGGCGUCACCUGGCCGAGAGCUUCGGAUUAAAACGGGAUGAAAUCGGAGGAAUGACGGACGGCAUGCAGCUCUUUGACCGGGUCAGCACGGCUGGCUAUAGCAUCCCGGACCUGCUCGCUCGACUGGUCCAGAUCGAGAGGCUUGAUGUGGUCGAAGCACUUUGCCUGGAUAUUCUCGGAACGCCCCCUUGUGGUCAGCAUCUGACCAUUUCUUCACGCUGCGCUAGCGUCUGAGAACCCAGAACCUACAAACUAAAGAGACAAUGAAGAAAAUUAUCUUUUUAAGCUUCCACUGAUAUUCUCACUGUCAUACAGCACAGCGCCCCCUUCUGACCAUCAUUUAUUUCCAGUUUAGAUUUUCCAGAAUUUCUUGUAAUUUAAACAGUCACAAAUAUUUCUUUAAAAAGUCCAAGUGGGCUGAAAAGAUCAUUGCUGUGCAGGACACUCAGAAUAAUAGAUGUCGUUAUUUUCCUCCUUUGUCUGGAGGUGAGACAAAUUUCAAAAUUCUGUAAAGUUUUUUACAGCCCUGAAUGAAGAAUUCUGCCUGCAGCGUCACAUUUCUGACGUUUUCCAGAAAGAGUCCAACGUCCUGAUCUACACUACGUCAUAGCUAGAAAUAAACUACACGGGUAUCUGAGCAGCAUUGUAACUGAAAGAUUGUUCCAACUGGGAUUUCAUAGUAUAUAAAUGUUUCUUCAUAUUGAGGACCUUUGUGGUACCUGCGCUGAUCAUCAGCACAGACCCUCGGUAUUUUGAAGGACACACAAUCACGAUUUUGCGUGUUGAACUCGGCAGUUUGUCGUAGAAACAAUCAUCAUUAUAUUUCUAAUAUAUAUUUAUAUUUAUAGUUAUAUUGUAAAAUCUAAUAAAAACGUUUCUUACUGACUUCAAAUUUAUGUUUGUAGGCCAAAUUCUAGACUGAAAAAUGCUAUUGUGUGUGUGUGUGUAUGUGUGUGUGUGUGUGUGUGAGUAAAACCAUGCUUGAUUUCCUGGUUCUUGCCCUAAUUUGCUGAGAUUAGUGGGUUUAUGAGGUUCGGUAUGAAGUGGCUGUAAAAUCCAGCACCUCGUUAGCUGAAAGUACAGUGGAGCAACGCUGCAGAAUGAAAGACGAACGGGAAGCUAAUAAGCUGGUGGUCAUUCUGAAGAGCUGCGGGUCGUUUUAUGGCGUGUUGAUGGUUUCAAGCUCUGAGCGGCAGAAGCGUGCGAAAAUGAAUUUACACAUCUGACGGACAUCACAGUCUGCUGGUGUCUCCUUCAGAGUCUGAUCUGUUUGAAAUAAAUAUAGCAGAUCUCUGAGAGGAACUAUGAAGGACAUCAAGAGGAACUCUAAAGGACAUUAAGAGGAACUCUGAAGGACACUGAAAGCUGGAUAGAUGUGUUUCAUGUGGCUGUGAACAGACCUGCUCUUGUUACCUCACUUACAGCUCUAAUGCUAAAACUUAAACCAAAUAGGAGUGUAAAUAUUAUUAACUUAUUAGUGUACAUACACCUCAUCUGCACAACAAUAAAGAAUUCUAUUUACUUUCUGUGUGUUACUGUAGUACUGAGUGUGUAGAAUGUGUGUGUGUGUG